AUGUCGGUCCUCGCAGACAAGUCCCACGACAUCCACGGCACCUCCGCCCUGCCCACCUACGCCUGCGCGACAGAGGUCGAGCUGACCGAAAUCGCACCCUCGGCGUCGACUGCCAGCCUUCCUCCCGCCUACGACGACGCCACCGCCACCGCCUCAGCGACGGCGAGCCGAGAUGACACGCUCGGGAGCCCGGACGGACCACCGCGGGUGCCCUUCGCGCCCACGGUCCACUUCCAGGUCGAGACCGCGGGGAAGCCGUGGCUCUCGCUGCCCGUCGGCACCCGGCCGGACCCGAUCCCCAUCUACCGCGUCGAGGCGGGGGGGUCCCGGGCCCCCGGGUCCACUCCGGCGUACGUCUCCCUCCGCUUCUCCCGCGGCAGCAACAGCUGCCACCUCGUGAGGGGCCGCGACGACGACGCCUCGCAGUCGCCCGUGUGCACGACGCUCUACCGAUUCGGGCCGGGCAAGCCGCCCAUCCUCCGCCUGCCGCGCGCGCUCGUCUCCCCGCCGGGCGAGCCCGCGGCGGACGGGGACCUGGACGUGUCGGUCAUGCCAAAGUCCCUCGUGUCGCGGGCCCAGGUCCUCGAGACGCCCCUGGGGACGUUCCAGUGGCGCUACGCCUCUCGCCGGGAAGGUCGCCGCCGGGUGAUAACUUAG